GUCGAAAUAUAUUUAACCAGACAACGUUGAGCCGAUUGUAACAUAUUUACAAAAAGUAAGGUAGUCGGCUAUAUCGUCGAAUAAUUACAAAUAUUUCACAUUUUUCCCGUUUUAUGUAUUUCAGGUCUUCCCUGGAUAAAGCAGUAAUAGCUAGUAAGUUGCUAAGAUGUCUUUAGCCGAUGAACUUUUAGCGGACUUGGAGGAAGCAGGAGAUGAGGGUGAAGAUGACCUGUAUCCCGGGGAUGGUGGGGGAGAAAGUGAAGGGGAAGCAGGUGAAAGAGAGGGAGGAGGGGGAUUGGAAGACAUACCGGAGGAGAUGGAGGUUGACUACAGUGGGACAGAAAGCGUCACUUCAAUUGCAAAACUCCGUCACAGCAAACCAUUUUCAGAGAUUAUGGACAAAAUUUCUCUAUAUGUUGGAAACCAACGCAAGAACACUGAAGUUUCAGGUCCAGUUGAGGCAGACCCAGAGUACCGACUGAUUGUAGCUGCCAAUAAUUUGACUGUGGAAAUUGACAAUGAACUGAAUAUCAUCCACAAAUUUGUCCGUGACAAAUAUUCAAAGAGAUUCCCAGAGCUAGAGUCCUUGGUACCAAACUCUUUGGAUUAUAUCCGAACGGUCAAGGAAUUGGGGAAUAAUCUGGACAAGUGUAAAAACAAUGAGACGCUCCAGCAGAUCUUGACCAACGCCACAAUCAUGGUCGUCAGUGUGACUGCAUCAACUACACAGGGGACGUUGCUGGGUGAGGAUGAGCUCCAACGACUGGAAGAGGCUUGUGACAUGGCCCUUGAGCUGAACCAAUCAAAACACAGGAUAUAUGAGUAUGUGGAGUCCAGGAUGUCCUUCAUCGCUCCUAACCUGUCCAUUAUUGUUGGGGCCUCCACGGCUGCCAAGAUCAUGGGUAUCGCUGGGGGCCUGACCAACCUGUCGAAGAUGCCUGCCUGUAACCUGAUGCUGCUAGGAGCUCAGCGCAAAUCCCUGUCUGGCUUCAGCAGCACCUCUCUGCUGCCCCACACUGGCUACAUCUACCACUGCGACGUGGUGCAGUCCCUGCCCCCUGACCUGCGGCGGAAGGCUGCCAGACUGGUGUCGGCCAAGUGCGCCCUGGUUGCCAGAGUGGACAGCUUCCACGAGAGCGCCGACGGCAAGGUUGGCUACGACAUGAAGGAGGAGAUCGAGCGCAAGUUUGACAAAUGGCAGGAGCCCCCACCUGUGAAACAGGUGAAGCCCCUCCCUGCCCCCUUGGAUGGGCAGAGGAAGAAACGAGGGGGAAGGAGGUAUCGCAAAAUGAAGGAACGGCUGGGGCUCACAGAGAUCAGGAAGCAUGCAAACAGAAUGACGUUUGCAGAGAUUGAGGAUGACGCAUACCAGGAGGAUCUGGGCUUCAGUUUGGGCCAGCUUGGUAAAUCGGGCAGUGGCCGUGUCAGACAGGCCCAGGUCAAUGAUGCGACCAAGGCCAGGAUCUCAAAGUCACUGCAGAGGACACUGCAGAAGCAGAGUAUGGUGUACGGCGGGAAGUCGACAGUCAGGGACCGCUCCUCUGGAACCAGCUCCAGUGUGGCGUUCACUCCUCUGCAGGGUUUGGAGAUUGUGAACCCGCAAGCUGCAGAGAAGAAGGUGACAGAGGCCAAUCAGAAAUAUUUCUCCAACAUGGCCGAGUUCCUCAAGGUGAAGCGUGAGGGGGAGGGGAAGCAGUGAAGCAGCUAUGGAGAAGUGGGACGGAGAGCCCCCACCAGUCCGAGAACGGGGACAAAGAUGGACGCACCCAGAACCUGGGGGGGAACAUGUCUGAGAUUGUCUGAAAUUGUCCUAUAUUUGUACAAUUUGUUUCAAUCUAAUCUCAAAUUAGAAAGCAAUUUGAUUGUACAUGUCUCAGCAAUAUGUUGUUUUCUUGCAUCACUGUUUAAUUUUAAAUUUAUUUUUAAUAAAUUCGGAGAGGUUUGCCUUUUGUUAGAAUUUAA